AUGGAUACUACGGGCAGCACACUCACGCCACCCACGACCGCAACGACAACGACAACCACCACCCUCGCCGAGCCAGGCUUCUUCCACGACACGCUCCCGUCCACCGAGCUCCCCAGAGAUAUCUACGUCCUCAAGGACUGGUACUUUACCCGCUGCCGCACCCUCAACGACGCAAAAGCCCUGCUGGGCGUCUACAACACCCUCAUCCUAGACCUCGGCGUCACCUCCCACGAGCUCUACAAGUGGAAAUCCAACAAAUCCCUCGGCUACCGCAUCGCGCACCUCAUGCUCGAGACCGCCUUUGCCGGGGACAAGAUCUCAAAGGAGCGAAGGAAGUGGGUGAAGCAGCAUAAGCACGUCUGGUGCGGCGAGAUUCAGAACUACGAUGUGCCUGUGUUCGAGUUCACCGAGGACGAUCGGGCGUUUCUGCAGGGGAGGUGGCCGAGGGCGUGGGUGCGGUAUAGUGUCGCGCAGAUCGAGUGGGCGAUGGAGGUUGAGCUGGAGCAGGCGAGGCGGUUUUUGCCUCAGAAGCAUGAGCGGAGUGUGAGGAAGGAGAAUUGGAGGUGGUUGUUUGGGGAGGAGAGGUGGGUUAGGAAGAUUGCGUUUUUGGCGUUUGAUGCUGAGGGGGCGGAUGGUGAGGUUCGGUGGAAGGAGUGA